GUCUUUCAGCUCCCGGACACAUCGCAGUGGCCGCCUGUCGGAGUGAGUGCGGGGCCGCUGUCUCUGCGCGCUCUCACUGGAGGGGGCUGGAUCUCCUGAUUGGAUCCAGCUGUUGCUAGAAGUGCUCGGUGGGGGCCGUCACAUCUGCAUUGCUAAAUAGUCUGUAAAGACGAAAGAUCCGAGCAGAAAACGGGUCGUUUCUUUCCGAGCGAGGAAUUCCUGCAAGAGUUGGUCAAUGUGCCCAAGCUUCAGCUCGAUCACACAGUGGUUAAUGAAAACCUGGUGUCGGCUUUCGCGUAAGGGCGCAUAGUUGGAGGGGAUAGAAGAGAGCCCCGCUGGGAUUCGGGUUUACGGGUCGUUUAAAUCUUUCUUUUUGAAGGAAGUUCGCUAGAAACCAUAAAACAAUAACUCUGGAAAUGCGUGCUCUCAGGUUUUGUUCUUCUGUAAGGAUGUUGGCUGCUUUGGUAUUUACUCUGCUAUGCAUCCAGUCUGCACAUGGACAGCCCUGCCCAUACGGCUUUGAAUUUAACCGCAAUUUAGGACAAUGUGCAGAUGUGAAUGAGUGCAGCUGGCCAACACCUUGCCAAGGAGAGAUGCUCUGUGUCAACCGGAUUGGAGGUUAUCAGUGCCUCUCAAGUGACUAUUAUGAUCGGCCUUACAGACAGGUGGGCUCCGUCCAGCCUGAGCCACGUUAUCCGGACCCCUCUCACAGGGACUCGGACACAUUCAUCCCGGCUCCCGCGAGACCCGUGGAGCCUAGUUACCCCGUAGUGAGAAACCGUGCACUGUGCACCUUGGGGUAUGCUCCUGCGACGGAUGGCACCUGUAACGACAUUGAUGAAUGUGAGACAAACUCUCAUCACUGUAACCCCACCCAGGUCUGCAUCAACACAGCCGGUGGCUACACCUGCUCCUGCACAGAAGGUUACUGGCUCAUAGCUGGACAAUGUCAGGAUAUCGAUGAAUGCCGUUACGGUUACUGCCAACAACUGUGUGCCAACAUCGCUGGCUCUUACUCCUGCUCAUGUAAUCCCGGUUUCCUUCUUAAUCCAGACGGCCGGACCUGUCAGGAUGUGGAUGAAUGUGAAGAAGAACCUUGCAGUCAUGGCUGUUUCAACACCUACGGCUCUUUUAUGUGUAACUGUGAUGAAGGUUUCGAGCUGGCAUCCGAUGGCACAAAUUGCAUUGACCUGGAUGAGUGCAGUUUCUCUGAGUUUCUGUGCCAGUACAGAUGUGUGAACACCCCUGGCUCUUUCUCCUGCAUCUGUCCGCCUGGAUAUUAUUUAUAUGAGGAUAGCAGGAGCUGUGAAGAUAUCAAUGAAUGUGACACUGGUAACAACACCUGUACAACAGAACAAGUGUGUUUCAAUUUCCAGGGAGGCUAUACAUGCCUGAAUCCAUUACAAUGUCAACUUCCAUACACCGCUGUUAGUGACAAUCAGUGCAUGUGUUCAGCUGAGAACCCUGCCUGCAGGGACUUAGCUUUCACCGUCCUGUACCGACACAUGGACUUGUCGUCGGGACGCAGUGUGCCUGCAGAUAUCUUCCAGAUGCAGGCCACCACGCGUUACCCCGGCGCCUUCUACAUCUUCCAGAUAAAGUCGGGCAACAGUGGACGAGAAUUUUACAUGAGGCAAACCAGUAACGUGAGCGCCACCCUUGUCCUGACGCGGCCAAUCAAAGGGCCAAAGGAGGUGGUACUGGACUUGGAGAUGGUCACGGUCAACAACGUCAUCAACUUCCGAGGCAGCUCCAUCAUCAGGCUGACGAUAUUUGUGUCGGAGCACCCGUUCUGAGAGUCCCACAGAAACCUUGCUGCACAAGACAGCUCCACUCACAUGUAACUGGUGUAAUUUGUUUGUUAUGAGAAUACUCCUUUGUUUUGUUACCAUCAUCCGUCAAAACACAUCCAGUAUGGACUCGGACAAGAUCGGCUGAUGGGAAGGCAUUGCUAAGCUCGACUGUCGUCAGGUUUCCUGGAUACUGAGCUUUUAAGGCUGUGGACACAGAGGAAUAUUUAUAGUCUACAAUUUCAUACAUCCUUCUCUCUGACAGUAUGGCUCAGAUUACUAAUUGAGUAUUGGUGAUUAUGUGUGGGCAUCCAUCUCCCCACAUUUAAGCUGUUAAAGUGACCAUAAAUGCCGUCACUUCAUUUUGAGUGCAGUCUGAUCUGUAUUGAAAACAAGAAAAGCAGGUUAUUGGAACAGAAGAGUAAGCUACAUGUGCAUUUCCCGCCAGGAGAAAAAAGUGUUUGAGAUUAUGUAACAAGCAGUCAUUAAAUAAAUGUAGGUCACAGAUUCUUUUAGAGCAAUAAAUGACUUCAAUACAUCGAU